GCCCUUAACAGAAAUGGAGCAAGAACUGGAAAAAGGGAGGGCUAGAGAGAGAACUCUCAAUGAAGACCUCGAUAAAGACGCUGCAAAGGCAAAUGUAUCUGAAACAAGGUCUGAAGAAGAAGAUGAGCUGCGUAAACCAUAUUACUUUGGCUGUGGGCCUUGCCAUCCCAAAUGGAUGCAGUACUUGUUCGCUAGGAAGGUUUUCUUUACAUUCAUCCUCUCAACUUUCUCCUUCCUACAGACUGGACUAGUUUCAGGUCUUCUAUCGACAGUCUUAUCUACACUUCAAGUCCGAUACAGUUUCAGUAGUGUUGCUGCAGGUGCUAUAUCCCCAGUAUAUGAUGCAACCGUACUCAUCGGGGUCAUAUUCAUUACUUACUUUGCUCAAAAUGUUCAUCGACCUCGCCUCCUAGGAUGCUGCUUGUUGCUGGAAGGUUUUGGGGCUCUGCUAUUUGCAAUGCCACAAUUCUUCUUUGGACGAUAUUCUGUUGGCGGAACCGAAGGUAUUUUAGAGGAAGAGUGUCUUGAUAGUCGAUUGAGCAACGAGGAUUGCAGUGACGUUAAUUCAGGAGCUUAUGCUAUGUUCCUACUGAGCAGUAUUGUGAUUGGAAUAGCAGCAACUCCAACCUACACGCUGGGAAUGGCCUACCUUGACGAGAUUGUCCAUCCUAAGUACGUAGCCCUUCACAUUGGUGUCUUUGCCAUGACUUUAGUAUGUGGCCCAUUGAUUGGCUAUGGACUGGGCAGUGCCUUCCUUGGUAUGUAUGUUGAUCCAUGGGUUGAGACUACACUAACACCUAGUGAUCCAGCAUGGGUUGGAGCCUGGUGGAUACCAUAUAUACUCUUUGCAUGCAUCAUGUGGUGUCUCUCAAUACCCUUCUUGAUGUUCCCACGCUAUUUGCCUGACAGUUACCUUGUGAAGCAGGAGAGGCUAAAGGAGAUGGCUAGGUCUUAUUCUGACACUAAUAAAGAUGAUAAAGGUCUUAGUAAAUCAGUGAAAAUGUUUCCCAUUCAACUGAAGAGACUUUUAUUUAAUCCGUCAUUUGCUUUUAUCACUGUCGGUUUUUCUAUUAUCUCGCUUUUUCUUCAAGGCGUUAUAACAUUUGCUCCACAGUUUUAUGAGGUUCAGUUCAAUCUCACAGCAGCUACAGCAGGGGUCAUAGUUGGAGCAAUUGCCAUACCAGGAGGAUUUUUUGGUACAUUGGCUGGAGCUAUAUUGGUCUAUGGCUGUAAAUUGCGUGGCAGAAUAAAUGCAUUCUUAGUAGCAAUUAUAACGCUAAUACUUGUUCCUCUUCUGUUGAUUUUCCUCCUCCAUUGCCCACAAGUGAAUGUAGUUGGCAUUAAUGAAGCUUAUCCUGAUGGGUCUCAGACUCUCAACGUUGAUCCCAAAAGUUGUGCCGGACUAUGCAACUGCACUUUGGCUGUUUUUGAUCCUGUUUGUGGCUCUGAUGACCUCAGUUACUUCUCCCCGUGUCUUGCUGGCUGUAGCAAGGAAACUUUAGGAGAUGGAACACUCUUUUUUACCAAUUGCACUUGCAUUGCUGAAUCCCUCUAUGGCAAUGCAACGUUUUUCUCCAACGCAACAGCUUCAGAUGGUUACUGCUCUGAUCAGUGUCUUAGCAUAAUCCUAACAGCACUCCUUGGUCUCAUAGUCAUUACUUUCCUUGCUCUAAGUGUCCAACUACCAUUCAUCCACUUCAUGCUAAGGUGUGUUGCUGAUGAUCAAAGAGCACUUGCAUUAGGUGUGCAGUCUGCUAUGUUCAGAGUUUUUGGCUCAAUCCCUGGCCCCAUUAUAUUUGGUGCUCUAUUUGAUGCUGCCUGCAUAUCAUGGCAGUAUGAGUGUGGUAGACGUGGUAGCUGUUGGAUUCACGAUAAAGACCAGCUGAGCUACAGUGCGAUUGGUUUGGGGAUACCCAUUAAUUUUAUUGCCAUAACUUGUUAUGUCAUUGCUGCUUUGACUUAUCCAAAGAAGAAAGACCAAGUGAAGGAGGGAGAGGACAAGACAAAUGUUGAGCUAUCUUAGUGUUGUUCUACGAGACUGCAUUUUAUUAGUUUAGUUCAGUAUAACAGUGUUACGUUAAUAAUAUUUAAUUAAUUAAUUUUUUUAUCUUUUUAAAUGUGGACUGCUAAGGGUCACAUUAGGCAUUAUUUGCUUUUUAUUCUAUUUUAAGUAUUUAUUAAUUUUUUGUGAUCU